GGGGCGGAGCGGAGGCUCCGGAUGGUUGUGGCGCUCUCUGGAACGUUCGGAGCCCAGGUAUAAAUGGGCUGAGACUGGGGCGCUGGCGGCGAUCGCGGCCGGGCGGCGCCAUGGGUAAGGAUUAUUACGGCACGCUGGGCCUGCAGCGCGGUGCCUCAGACGAGGACAUCAAGCGGGCCUACCGGAAGCUCGCGCUGCGCUACCACCCCGACAAGAACAAGGAGCCUGGCGCCGAGGAGCGCUUCAAAGAGGUGGCCGAGGCCUACGACGUGCUCAGUGACCCCAAGAAGCGGGAGGUCUUCGACAAGUAUGGCGAGGAAGGGCUAAAAGGAGGUGGCUCCAACAUGGGAGGUGGUGCUAAUGGCCCAUCAUUCACCUACACGUUCCAUGGAGACCCUCAUGUUGUGUUUGCUGAGUUCUUUGGAGGCCGGAAUCCCUUUGAUACCUUCUUCAUGCAGAGGAAUGGGGAUGAAGACAUGGACAUUGAUGACCCUUUUGUCACCUUCCAAAUGGGAAGUUUCAGCAAUGCGGGUUUCCCCCGCACCCGAGGGGGCCACAACAGCCUUCGCCGGAAGCAGGACCCUCCCAUCACGCAUGACCUGAGGGUCUCCUUAGAGGAGGUCUACUCGGGCUGCACCAAGAAGAUGAAGAUUUCUCACAAACGUCUCAACCCGGAUGGGAAGACGACACGCAACGAGGACAAGAUCCUAACCAUUGAGGUGAAACGGGGGUGGAAGGAAGGGACCAAGAUCACAUUCCCCAAGGAGGGUGACCAAACGCCCAACAACAUUCCAGCCGACAUUGUCUUUGUUCUAAAAGACAAGCCACACAGCAUCUUCAAGAGGGAUGGCUCGGACAUCAUCUUCCCAGCUAAGAUCAGCCUCCGAGAGGCCCUGUGUGGCUGCACGGUGAACGUCCCAACGCUGGAUGGCAGGACCAUUCCCAUGUCAUUCAAAGACAUCAUCAAGCCUGGAGCAAAGCGCAGGAUCACUGGGGAAGGUCUCCCAUACCCCAAGAACCCAGACCAACGCGGGGAUCUUAUCAUAGAGUUUGAUGUGCGGUUCCCAGACAGAAUCCCCCAGACAUCCAAGAAAGCUCUGGAGCAGAUCCUUCCCAUCUAGUUUGUGCAAUCUGUGGACCUGAGACCAAGACUGGCUGAACACCAAAGCCUGUGGGACCAUAGCCUUGGGCUCCAGGCUGGGGCUCUGGGAACUUGGUUUCAGUGCCUUGACCCAGAACAUUGCUUGAAUCACCUACACCAGUGAGCUGCUACAUUUGGGAGGAGCCUACAGACACACUGCUGACAAAUCAUCUUGUAAGGAUGUGACCAAUGACUCAACCCACUGUCUGCAUCCUGGGCAGCCCUAAAUAGGACAGCUGCCUUGCACUUCAUCUCUUGCUGAGUUGGAAUCCCUUCACCAUGUGGGGGGCAUAAACUCCAAACUGGACAGUCCUUACUGUUGUAGUCCUUGCUUUGUGUCUUGUGUUCCUUGUUAAUUCACUGGAGAACUUUUAUCCUGGGUCACUUGGAUGUUCUUGGCUAUGAAUUCCCACCUCAGAGUCCUGCCUGCCUAUUUUGUUUGCUGGAAGGUGGAUAUACUCUCGCUGAACUUAAUUGUGGGUCUGUGAAAAUAACCCUGGUAAACACUAGGGCUUAAACAAAUGUCUUGAAGAUGAGAUGAAAUGAAUAAGCCCUGGAGUUUAAACCAGUAGCUAUCCAGGCCUAGAAAAAUAAUGCAAAGGGAUUUCCUGGGUCUUAAAUAUAAUCUGCUUUUUCAAAUCUUUUUUCUGAAGAGACUUUCAUAGAUGCAUCCCUCUACAUUCUUGGGCUCAAUUCCUGGUAGGGCAAUGGGCUGAGCAGGUAUUGCCUGGUUCUUGCAUCUCUGCCAGCAGCAGAGUCUGACUCCUUUCCUUACUCACAGUUGCUGUCUUAAACCAGAGGAUUUUGGCCAACCACUGAACUCUGGGGCAUUUGAGGCCUUGGCCUCUGAGCUUGUUAACACCACCUUUGCUAUCCUUUUUUAAUUAAAGGGUUCCUGCUCCUGGUACAGGAGCAUUACAGCACUUCUUGUACAUACUUUGUAUAAAAGUUGUGUAAAUUUGACAUGUAAUUAAAAUGCAGUGGAGAGGCUGGUUUAUUUUAUAGGAUUGUAUCUGAAUUAAAGACUCAUGGGAGGA